CCGAGCCGAGCCGAGCCGAGCCGAGCCGUGUUACCUGGAAACAUCAGCCCCAAUGCCCCCCCCGCGGGCUCCCACCCCCGGACCCCCACCAGAUGAAAGCAGGACGCGCCUGGAGUCUCUCCGCGUUCCCGUCCGCAGUCCGGAACACCUGGAGGCUUAACCCGCACAACAUGAGCAGGAAGAGCCGCCGCUGGGUCUACCAGAUCCUCCUCUGCUUCGGAGUCCUGUACCUGCAGAUAGGGGGUCUGUCCUCGGUGGUCGCGCUGGGAGCGAGCAUCAUCUGCAAUAAGAUCCCCGGCUUGGCCCCCCGGCAGCGGACUAUCUGUCAGAGCAGACCCGACGCCAUCAUAGUGGUCGGGGAGGGGGUCCAGAUGGGGAUCAGUGAGUGCCAGUUCCAGUUCCGACACGGACGCUGGAACUGCUCGGCCCUGGGGGAGAGGACCGUGUUCGGGAAGGAGCUGAAAGUGGGCAGCAAAGAGGCGGCAUUCACCUACGCCAUCAUUGCUGCGGGGGUGGCCCACGCCGUCACCACAGCCUGCACCCAGGGAAGCCUGAGCGGCUGCGGCUGCGACAAGGAGAAGCAGGGUUUCUACAACCAGGAGGAGGGCUGGAAGUGGGGGGGCUGCUCUGCAGAUGUCCACUAUGGCCUGGGCUUCUCUAAAGUGUUCGUAGAUGCACGAGAGAUCAAGCAGAAUGCCAGGACGCUCAUGAAUCUGCACAACAAUGAAGUGGGACGCAAGGUUUUGGAGAAAGGGAUGCGCCUCGAGUGCAAGUGUCAUGGCGUUUCUGGAUCGUGCACCACCAAGACAUGCUGGACAACUCUUCCUAAAUUUCGGCAGUUGGGAUACAUCCUCAAAGACAAAUACAACCAUGCAGUUCAUGUGGAGCCGGUGCGCGCUAGCCGAAACAAGCGCCCCACCUUCUUGAAGACCAAGAAGCCCCACUCCUACCACAAGCCCAAAGACACAGAACUGGUUUACAUUGAGAGGUCACCGAACUACUGUGAGGCGGACCUCCUGACGGGCAGCAUGGGGACGCAGGGACGCCUCUGCAACCGGACAGCUCAACAGCCCAACAGCUGCGACCUGAUGUGCUGCGGUCGGGGGUACAACACGCACCAGUACUCCCGUGUUUGGCAGUGCAACUGCAAGUUCCUGUGGUGCUGCUACGUCAAGUGCAACACCUGCAGCGAGAGGACAGAGGUGUACACCUGUAAAUAGAGAUAUUUAUUAAUGAUUAUUUGGAUGCACAGUUAGACUGAACACAUGUGUGAUUAAUAUAUUACAGAGCAUGGGUUUUCUGCCGCUGUGGGGGUGACUUGGCAUUACAACACUCACUCUUGGCGGAUGCCUGUGGACACUGGACUCAACCUGUAGGCUCAUAUAUAGAUUAUUUUCAUUUUUAGACUACCAUUUCAUGCUGCAAAUUUUACCUCUUUUUCAUUUUCUUGUCUACAGGUAAAAUAUGAUUCACCUCUAACCCUUCUUUUUUGUUUUUUUUAUAGAUUAAUAACUUAUUGACUGAUUUAAAAAGAACUACUGAUCAUACUGAAACUUCACUGUUGACUGAAUCUAGUUAUUUUUAGUUUUACUCACUUAAAGUGCACUUACGAGCAAAAAGAUUCUUGAUAAUUUUUUAAACUUCUUAUAAUAGAAGAUCAUUUUCUUCAACUUAAACACUGGAGCUAAAAAAAUGAAAUGAUCAGACCUAAACCGGACUGAAUGGUAGGCUGUAUUUGAUGCCCGGACAGCAUUAAGCCGGUCAGAAGAACUACUGAUUAUGAACUUGGUUUAACAUUAUUACUUUCUACAUGUUUCUGUCCCACCUCCCUUCCACUUCGUUGCUAGUUGUCUGGAAAGUUGUGGAGUUUGUGACCAAGCAGCCAUGUUGAUUUCAAGCUAACUGUAUGCAAGCCUCCAGACAAAAAUUCCCCUCAAUGUUGAUCAACAGAAUAUAUUUUGUAAGAGAUUAUUUUUAUAUAAAUAUUUUUUAUUUAUUUUCUAUUUCUACUUUGUACUUUUUAUUUUCUCUAAGCAUUUCCUACUGUGCAGUAACUGAGACAGAAAAUGACUCACUGAAACACUGUUUUUAAAUUGUGCCUUUCUCCGUUGCUUCACAUUAUUGACACAUUUCCAGUAUUGCUUACUAAAAAAGUAGAGAAGAAAACCUAGGGAGCCAAAGUUUUAACCUCACCUCCCAGCUGUUCUAGAACUUAACUUCUAGGACUCAGCACUGCUCCCUAAGAUCAUCUUUCCUUAUAAAACAAUGAAACAUUUUAGAGACUGUAAAAGGCUGUAUUGGGAAUGUAAUCCUGCAGGAGGAGCCGAUGCUAUUCUCACAGAAGCAAGUGGUUUCAAUGUUAUGACAACUCUUGUACUUUGCUAGCUUGAGAUACGAACUAGCUUGUAGUUUCUGAUUCAGACUGGCUACUUGUUAGCAUGUAAUCUGUUGUUCAUACUAGCUACUUUGUUAGCAUGUAAUCUGUUGUUCAUACUAGCUACUUUGCUAGCUUUAACCACAUUGUUGGAACCAAGUUGAGAGGAAGAUAAAAGCAGGACUUUGCUGUAUAAAGCAAAGAUUCUUCUGCAGCGGUUAAAGCAUGUUGUUUCUAGCUAUUCAUAUUUUAGAAACUAGACAGUUGCAUUAAAGUUCUUAUGCUUCAAACAACGCACAUUUUGCAGCAGCAGCUCUCUAUAAGCAUCCCCUAAAACGACCUGGGAUUCCCAUCAUAUGGACAUUUUUAAGACAUAUUGUGUAUUUUAUUAGACAGUAGAUGUAGGGGGAUGAAAGAAAAUUGCAGUGUUGUGACGGUAGAAGCAGGAAUACCUGACCAGGUGUUCAGUCCUAACUCCUGUUACUUGAUCCAUCUUGAAGCCUGGUCCUUACAGUACUCAAAGACUGGUUCCUGAUUUUCAAACACAUGCUUAAACUCAAAACAAUGAAAGGAAUAGUUUUCUCAACAUGUUCAUCUGACAACAUAAUUGGCAACCUUUCUGAGGUAGAAAGCAUGGAUUAAUCUGCAGUAUCUAGUCCUAACAGUUAUAUUUAAAACAAGGAUGAUGGGGUUCAUGGCAGGUUGAUGGUAGAAAGAACCAGAAAAAGGCUUCAUCACAGGAGGGAGGGUAGAAUCAAAAGAUCAUGAUUGCAUAAAUCAUGCUGUUUUUCGGUUUUAAUGCCGAGUCCACAUUAAAGAUCUGGUUGUAAUUUAACUGAUUGUUUGCCUGUACCACGUAAAACCACAUUGCCAUUUCAUUUUUUGCUC